UGGGAAAGCAACGGCAUUGGAUAGAUAUUUAGAGACCAGGCUGAUUGCAAUUAAAACCUACACCUGUAUUUGUUUUCUCUUUUAUUUGAGGAUUCUAAAAAGCGAGGAGGGAGGGAGAAUAUUUACUAUUAGAGGCAGCCCUCUCCAGCCACCGGAGGCGGUUACUCCCCAUCUCCCGGGGCAAGCAGGGAGCCCCCAGGACACAGGAUGUUGACCUGAAAGCAUGCCAGGAAGCUUUGGAUGACUGUUGUCCAGACCAAGGAGAUGAUCAGCUGGAACUGCAAGAGGAGGAGGAGGAAGAAAACAUAAAUCAAGUAAAUGAUAAAAAAAUGGGAAGAAGGGAAAACUGUGAAAAGGAAGUGAGGGAGAACAUAGGUCUGAUCACUGAGAUAGAGAGUAGUGAAAGAAAUGGAAGCAACCGCAGCCAUGUAGAUGCCCUUCUCUCCUUAGAGGGCUGUUUACAGCUUCUGUCGUCGCAGAUGGAAAACAUGCUAGAGGUGAGUUUACUGGAAGAUACACAAGUCGCUACUUCUAGUAGAGGCCAAGACCCAUCACCUUCGCACUGCCAUAUAAAUUUGGCCCAGACACUUUGCCACUGUUUCAGUCCUCAUGAUGCCAAGCUACUAGGAACAGACGACCCCACUCAAUCGAAUUCAGAAACAAGACAUUUACAAAGGCAAGAGUCUUUUCCUCAGUCAAGCUCUAAUAUCACAAACCCAGGAUCACUACUUCACGGCUCAGAUUUGACAGUGCCGUUUUCAGCUGCUGAUAUUAGGAACCUAACAGCCCAUGAUGAUAAUUUUGAUGAAAUUAAACUCAUAUCUUUGGCUUUGGAGGAAGGUUUUGAUCCUAUAGAAGUUUCUCAGUUCUUUCAAGAACCUGGCUCAGAUUCGGGACUGUAUUGGAAUUCAGGUCACAGCACCGCCUUUUUCUCAGUCUGCAGUGAAGGUGCUCUUGGGUACAGCAGUGAUGUUAAAUCUGUUUCUCCGCAUGGCUUAGGAGCUGUUGGUGGCAAUUUCCAAGAACACACUAAAUAUGGCCAUGUGGAAAAUCCAGGUGAUUCGGAGUGUUCUAGAGAAGCCACACUUCAGCAGUUUCUCCAUAACCCCGUGUAUAAUCAGCUGCCAAGUCAAGCAGCAUCCACCCCGGAGCAUCAUCAACAGAUGUGGAUGGAGAAACCAAGCGAAGUAAAGGAGAGUUGCCACAAUUCUACUGAUACAAACCUUAGUAGCAAUGACCAUUGUGCAGAAGCUCUGAGAAUACCAUUUUCGGUUGAUGAAAUUGUGAGCAUGCCUGUCGAGUCCUUCAACGCUAUGCUAGCAAAGAACCAGCUCACAGAUGCUCAAGUAUCCCUUCUACGUGACAUCAGGCGAAGAGGGAAAAACAAAGUUGCUGCCCAGAAUUGUCGUAAACGCAAACUAAAUGCAAUUCUUAACUUGGAAGAAGACGUGUGUAAUCUUCAAACACAAAAGGAGAGCCUUAAAAAGGAGCACUCUCAGUGUAGCAGAUCCAUCAGCCGGUUGAAGCAGAAGUUAAACAACUUGUACCGUGACAUUUUUAGUAGAUUGAGGGAUGACCAGGGUAGACCCGUUAACCCAUGCCAGUAUGUCAUCCAUUGCAGUAGUGAUGGCAGUGUUUUGAUCAUACCCAAACACUUAGUCAAAUCAGAACAGAAACAAGAUAAUGAAAAAGAGCAGAAACAAAAAUCAGAUGGCUGAGGAUCACAUAGGCUUUAUUUUUCCUGAAGGAACAAUAAGGAUAUUUGUGUGAAAACUGGAGGUCAGUGACUACAGUAGCACAAGCAGAAAAGACUACAUUUGAGGAAGACUGCACAUCCAAGGGUCUGACAAACCAAGCAGAUUGUGAUCUGUUAGAAGGUCUGCCAUCUGAGAAGCAAAUGAGGAAAUAUGUUUAGUUUUAAUAAGAACCAAAGGAGCUAGGCCAUCAGUACAAGCACAAUUCCAAAUACUGCAUUUAUAGGUCUAUGUAAAAGUAGGAAUUUUGUUUCUAGUGAUGGGGAGGGAGAGGAAGGGAAAUGACACAUCAAUAGGGGAAAAAAACCCAAGCUUUAGCUCAAAGUUACAGAUGGAAGAAAAAUGUGGUUCAGUCCCUAGUACUAGAUUCUUCAUAUACAAAGUGACAUUUUAUUACUCUUUUUUAGCACUGAAAGAAAAACUAGCUCAAAUUCAUCUUCACCUUAAAUCACUGUGGAGUUACAUAUUCUUAACAGGUACACCAUGCUUUGCAUUUGUUCAGGAGUGUUCUGCUUCUCUGAGUUUUCCUUUGAGGAGAGAGGCCCUGGAAGCUAUUGCUUUUUUCCCACUGCUUUCACCAUCACAGCUCCAAGCAAACAUAACGCACCAGUUACCUUUACAACUCAUAUGGUCAAUAUUGUCUUACCUUCAUCCUCUGCAAUUGAAUCAGUCUCAAGUUUCUUCCGUGAUGGUGAAUGAGUUCCUAUCAUUUCCUAGUCUGUGUUUUAUUUACUUUUGUGCCUUCUUUUUUCCCUCCCAUGUGGAUACCUUCCUCAAGGAGAAGCACGAAACAUUUUCUUUUCAGCUUUUAAAAUAAGUAUCUUCAACUUUAUGCAUUUUUUUUUCUUAAUUUUCCCUAAGUCUUUAAAGCAAAUUAAAUUGCACUGAAUCCCUGUUUAUCUGUUCUUGGGAUAAUGAGGUUACACUCCAAUAGUGGCUUUGAAUGAAGAAAAGAGUUUUCAAUUUUAUUUAUUUAUUUGUGCUAUUAAAAAGAAGACAUUCAGUUCACUUUCAUGCUCAUUCCCAACAGCUUAUCCUUUUCUAUUUAAUAACCUAAAAAAAGGUCUGCAGAAAAAGGCCUAAAAGAGAAACAAGGGUGUAAUGAUAAGGAAGGAAUGUUAAGAGGCAGAGUAGUUUGUAAUGUACUAAAAUCAUUACCAGUAUUAACAAUAAGAUAGCAACAAAUAUUUUUUAUAUCUUUUAUAAACAAACCCUGUAAGAGUGGUAUAAAAAAAAAAACAAAAAACCUCAUUGUUCAUUGCGUGAUGAAAAUGUAGCAACGUUACCAUCAGGUAUAUUGAAAAAAGCUCUUGCACCAAACACACAAAAACUACACGUACGCACAAUACAAGUUUAAAUGCCAAAUGAUACCUUUUGAAGAAAUAAAUUAAAUCGUGCUGUUGUUUA